AUGGGGGGGGAAAGCCCUAAAAGUUCUAGGACAAAGUUUGACGGGUCGAGAGAGACACAGGGACAGGGUAAAGGACAGGCAACGAAAGAACUGCAGUUACUCUGGCACUUUCCAACUCGAUCCAGGAAAGUCAACAGCGAACUUGUAGAUUUCCAACAGGUCCCAGGAAAGGGGAGAAAGAAAACGCCGCAGCGUCUACAGCCGCCUCCGUGGCUGAACCUGACCCUCUGAAACUGAACAGAAGAAAUCAACGUCUUGCACACGGGAGGGAGUUACACACCCGAAAGGCCCUUGAACAACCCUCGGAAAGAAGACCUUAAGAAAUUGUCACUACCACUGGACACCGGAGACUCGCAGAAAGUCAGAGCAGAAUUAUUGGUGGGUUUUUUUUCACAGAAAAUUCUCCUGGACAGGUGUUUUCGAAGAGCACUCAAACUUCCAGAAGGUACCCAGCCUUGUCAGAGGCCCGGCUCCAACCUGCUCUCCAGUGAGAGAGUCCGUCAUUCAGCAACAUCAAAACGCCCGCAGUUUAAACAGCACCGGGAUGUUGAGGAACAUCUGGAGAGCCCGGAAGCUGUUGCUGGUCAUCUUGAUCCCUCUUCUGUUAUUACCCCUGCCUGUCCUCUACCCUGACAGUCCAGAAGCUCAAUGUGCCUAUGUCCUGAUAGUGACUGCAGUAUAUUGGGUCUCAGAGGCUGUCCCACUUGGUGCAGCAGCAAUGGUUCCUGCCUUUCUCUUCCCGUUGUUUGGAGUCUUAAAGGCCAGUGAAGUUGCAUCGGAGUACUUCAAGGACACCACCUUACUGCUGAUUGGUGUCAUCUGCCUGGCUGCUUCCAUUGAGAAGUGGAAUUUGCACAAGAGGAUUGCCCUUCGUAUGGUGAUGUUGGCAGGUGCUAAACCGGGAAUGUUGGUGCUUGGUUUCAUGUGCUGUACUGUGUUCUUGUCCAUGUGGCUCAGUAACACCUCUACCACCGCUAUGGUGAUGCCAAUUGCAGAAGCUGUGCUGCAGCAGCUCAUCAAUACCAGCCUGGAAUCUGAUGCGGAAUUAACUGUAAUCACGGACACUGACAGCAUAGAAGAUGCCUACACAAGUUCUGGCUCCCAUAAAUAUGAGGAUGAGAAUGAGAAAAAGCAGCUGGAACUAAUCUAUCUUAAAGAAAAUGCAGCAAAGAAGAACCAACUUGACCAGAAAAUGCUGACUGAACCACAGGGGCAGAACCAGAUUAAUCCCAUUAAGGAAUACAGCAGUAAAUACAAAACCAAGCAUGACCACAUGAUCUGCAAGUGUCUGUCACUGAGCAUCACUUACGCUGCUACAAUUGGAGGCCUCAUGACGAUCACUGGAACCUCAACCAAUCUCAUCUUUGCUGAACAAUUCAACAAUCGCUACCCAGAAUCACGAUCUAUCAACUUUGGAACAUGGUUCGUAUUUAGUUUUCCUAUUGCCAUCAUCAUGUUGGUGCUCACAUGGAUCUGGAUGCAUUGGCUUUUCCUGGGAUGCAAUUUUAAGGAAACGUGUUCUCUUAGUAAGAAGAGGAAGACAAAACGUGAGGAAAUGUCUGAAAGGAGAAUUCAGGAAGAGUAUGAAAAAUUAGGGCCAUUCAGCUAUCCAGAAAUGGUGACUGGAAUUUUUUUUGUGCUGAUGACAUUGUUAUGGUUUACCCGGGAGCCAGGAUUUGUCCCUGGAUGGACAUCACUCUUUGAAAGAAAAGGCUACAGGACAGAUGCCACUGUUUCCAUCUUUCUGGGGUUUCUUCUCUUCUUGAUUCCAGCUAAGAAACCAUCUUUCCCCUGUUAUGGCAAAAUGAAUGAAGAUGAGGAAAGUGCGAAAGACACAAAGAAUUUGAAUGUCUCAAAGGACCCCAAUCCACUGGCACCACUGAUAAACUGGAAAGACUUUCAAAAGCACAUGCCAUGGGAGAUUGUCAUCCUCGUGGGAGGGGGCUAUGCCUUGGCAGCAGGCUGCAAGGUGUCUGGCCUAUCUGAUUGGAUUGGACGUCAGAUGGAACCAAUGAGUAACCUCCCUGCAUGGGCUGUUACAUUAAUUGCUUGCCUUUUGGUGUCAGUUGUCACUGAAUUUGCAAGUAAUCCAGCUACCAUCACAGUUUUCCUACCGAUUCUUUCCACGCUGUCUGAAACUCUGCAGAUUAAUCCCUUGUACACAUUGAUACCAGCCACCAUGUGUGUGUCCUUUGCUGUGAUGCUGCCUGUUGGUAAUCCACCAAAUGCCAUUGUCUUCAGCUAUGGUCACUGCCAGAUUCAGGAUAUGGUGAAAGCUGGAUUCGGAGUGAAUGUGAUUGGGGUGGUUGCCGUGAUGCUGGCUAUCACCACCUGGGGAUUUCCUUUAUUCCAACUUGAACACUUCCCUGACUGGGUUUCUACUAGCAACAUAACGAGAGGCCUUUAAUCAGGAAUCACAGAACAAGAGACACAAGGAGUCUGCACAAAAGAUGGAAUCAAGCCUGAAAAUCACUUGAUCAAUGAUGACCUAUUUCAGCAGGGAUAAGAAUCAUUACUCAGAUUGCACACUGCAUUAAGGAGUGCGAAUAUAGUUUGCACAAACCCCUCCAACUCCACUCAUUUGGCAGCUUCAAACUUGGGAGCAUUUGAUAAAUCCUUUUGAGGACUGUUGCAGCUUUUCUUUUUCACCUUUGGAAAAGUUUCUGGGACAUGGAAUUUCAAAGUUUUUACAAAUUAUGUUUUCUAUCUCUAUUUCUUUCAAAGGUGGUGACCCAUGGCAAAAUUCAGUUCCAUAGCUUUUGGAUCCUCCCUUAAGUGACUAUUAGUCACAGAUGGUCCAAAACAAGGGAGUUUGACUAUAAGAGACAUCAUGAUCAAGUGUGAUCAUGCUGCCUCCUCACUCAGCAUUCUUUCCAAAAGGAUCAUGUAUUAACAAUCAAGAGCAGAAACCCUGGACAAUGUUUUCCUUUCUAAUCUUAGGGUACAGAGACUGAUUGCAACAUUUCCCCAUCUGCUCUCUACAUAGGCUGGGGUUUAUAUAUGAAACAUUCCUGGUCAGUCUGAUCCCUACUAUCACAGCUUAAAGCUCCUUUCAAAGUAUUAUAUUUUAAUCAAGGAGCUGAUGGCUAUGCAAUGGAUUAAACUAUUAAUUUAAUAUAGUUUAAGAGCAGUAACUUCCAUGGGAACAGAUUCCUUGCGUGAUGUAUAACUAUGUGUAUGACAGUUCAACAUACACAUAUGAAACAUUCCACUGCUGACCCAGGAAUGUUUAACAGUGACCCUGGAUGUAUAGUUCAGAAACAUCCCUCAUUGUACUACAACAGAUGGUUUCAUCACACAUCUGGACUCUCGUUUAACACUGAGUUCAGAUAUCUCUUUUAUUAAAAAGGAAGUGCUGUAAAUGUCUCAUUGUAUGAAUACUGCCCUUGGGAUAAAUUCAACUGGGGAUAGCUCUCUCUGAAAAUCCUUCAGGAUGCAAAUAAUGCUAUGCCAUAGCAGGUUCUCUAUCUGCUGGAGAGUCAAGUUACGGUGCUUUUUUUAAAAAAAAAUGUUUUUAACACAGUCUUAAGAGAAAACAAAUAAACAAAUAGAACAAGAUGCAAUUGACAUUGCAUUGAUUUAGUCAUUAUGAGUUAUGUCAUCCUGCCUUGCCUUCUCUGUUUAGGAAGCCCUGCAAUGAGAAUGUAAAGAUUUGAACUAUUGAGCUCAAGUUGAUAGGUUGGUUUUGAAAUAGGCUACUUGCCUUUAUACACUGAAGAUCACCUCAUUUUAAUGGCGGAGCAGAGUCUCAGCCUGUUCCCUACUGGAUGUAGUCCAGAGUGCAAAACUGCCAGUGCUUUUACAAAAAGAUUAAUUUAACAUUGAGGGAUAAUGUAAAAAUUGGAAGAUGAGUAAUUUGUCUGAUGGGAAUGCAUUUGAGGCACAUUAUGAGGGCAAAUCUGAGGAUAUAAUACUCGACAAAUAACUUGGCAAAAUCUAACCUAGGGUUGCUGUUUGCAGACACCAAAUGGGAAGGCUAAAAUAGGAAAUUGUACUGAUACACAUCACUCCAAGGACAAAUGUAUAUCAAUUUAAUAGCUAUCAAAAGUACAUGCAAAAUAUGAGAGUUUCAGGACAAGUUACAACAUGAACAUCAUAAUAGCAGAGAAGUGAUCAUAAAUCUUAUUGCUAAGACACAGUCAGAAAACAAGAAACAACUUCUCUCCACAGUCUCUCAAUGGUCAUCUCACUAUUGUUGAGGAGGGAAUAUUGCCUUCAAAAAGAUUUAAUAUUA